AUGUCGUCCAUCCUCGCGUCGCUCGACAUGAGUCUCGACGACCUCAUUGCGCGCAAGAAGACCAGAGCCAGCAGCAGUAACCCGGCGGCGCGUCCUGCGAAGCCGCACAGGGACCAGGAGGCGCCUGGCCCCGUGCGCGGGGGGCGUCGGCGCGCGGCGAGUCGGAAGGCGCAGCCCUACGCACGACCUCGCGGCGGAAACGACGACAUGGACAUGGACGUGGACGACGCUGCUGCUGACAGCGGCAACGGUGGCCGUGGGGGCAAGAAACGCUCUGUGGUCAUCAAGAAGCUCGGCGCUGGAGGCAAGAAAGGCGGUGGCGUGUCCAUUCUAUCGCGUCUCGGUAGCAAGGACCCGAGCAGCUCCGGCACGAAGAUCCUGGUCAAGAACCUAAAGUUUGACAUUCUGGAGGAAGAAGUGCGCGAGCUCUUUGGCACAGUGGGCGAAGUGUCGAAGGCAGAGAUUGUGUACGAUCGCUCUGGUCGAUCGAAAGGCAUUGCUCGUGUCUGGUUCAGCCGUCGAUCGGAUGCGGACAAGGCAAUCAAGCAAUACGACGGACGCACGCUGGACGGCCAGCCAAUGCAGAUUACAUUGGACUCUGACAGGAACGUCCGCAACGGACUGUUUGGAACGGCACUGAAGCGUGACGACAAGGACGUGAAGUUCAAGGUGUCGUUCGGAGGAAACCGAGACACCGAGCAGCCCAACGGCCGCCGAAACCGACGUCGUGGGCGCGGUAACGAGAAGAGCAGUCAGGGCGACCGCGAGUCCGCCCCGUCCAAGACCACUGAAGAGCUUGACAAUGAGAUGGACACGUACAUGAAUGACGCAUAA